AUGAGUUUCAACGUGGACCACCACCUCUUCGGCUCGACCUCGUACCGCAAGGCUCGGCCGGCCGCCGUGUCCUCCAGCGGCUUCCACUCGCAGCGCCGCCGCGUCAACUACAGCCAGCCACCCCCCGUGGACAGCUUGGACACGUUCAAUGGCGACAUGACACGGAGGAACGAGAAGGAGAUCCUGCAGACUCUGAACGACCGGUUCGCGGGCUACAUCGACAAGGUGCGCAACCUGGAGAUGCACAACCGCAACCUGGAGGCAGAAGCGGCAGCUCUGCGGCAGAGCCAGGCCGGGCGCGCCUCGGUUGGGGAGCACUACGAGCGCGAGCUGGGCGACCUGAAGGGGCUCCUGCAGCAGCUGACCGGGGAGAAGGUCCGCGUAACUCUGGAGCACGAGCACCUGGAGGAAGACGUCCAGCAGAUGCGGGUCAGGAUGGAUGAUGAGGCGCGAAACCGGGAAGAGUUGGAGGCUGCCGCGCGCACCAUGAAGAAGUAUGUGGAGGAGUGCCGGCUGGCGCGGAUGGAGCUGGACAAGAAGCUGCGCGCCCUGGAGGAGGAGGCUGCUUUCCUGAAGAAGAACCACGAGGAAGAAGUGGCGGAGCUCCUCGAGCAGAUCCACGGCGCACAGGUGAGCUUCGACAUGAGAGACACUCUCAAGACCGACGUCACCGGCGCACUGCGAGAGAUCCGCGCGCAGCUGGACGGCCACGCGUCCAAGAGCUCCACGCAGGCGGAGGAAUGGUUCAACGUGCGUAUGGAGCGUCUGUCUGAAGCGGCGAGGACCAACCAAGGUGCGAUUCGUGGAAGCCAGGAGGAGAUCAUAGAGUACCGCCGGCAGCUCCAGAGCCGCACGAUUGAGCUGGAGACCCUUCGGGGAACCAAGGAUUCCCUGGAGAGGCAGCGUCUGGAGAAUGAAGACCGACACCACGAUGACCUCAACUCCCUCCAGGAGACCAUCAACCAGAUGGACAACGAGCUGAAGACCACCCGGUGGGAGAUGGCCAGCCAGCUGAAAGAAUACCAGGCGCUGCUGAAUGUGAAGAUGGCUUUAGAUAUUGAGAUUGCUGCUUAUAGGAAGUUACUGGAGGGAGAGGAGAAUCGCUUUGUGUCAGGAGGAAGUCCGUACUCUUACCUGGAGAGCAGAAUGUCUUCCCACUUGAAAGGAGAGGAGAUCUCAGAUACAGUCAUAGUGGAGGAACAGACAGAUGAGACCCAGGUGACAGAGGAGGCCGAUGAAGAGGAGGAAGAGAAAGAAGAAGGCGAGGAAACCAAAGAAGAAGAGGAAGAAGUUCAGGAAGGAGAAGAUAAGGAGGAGGAAGGAGAGGGAGAAGAAGAGAAGGAGGAAGAAAAGGGAGAGGAGAAGGAUGAGGAGGGAGAGGAGAAGGGUGAGGAAGAAGAUGCAGGUGAGGAAGAUAAAUCCAAAUCUCCUCUGCCUAAAUCUCCUGCUGUCAAAUCACCCGUAUCCAAAUCACCACCAAAAUCCCCAGCAGCCAAAUCCCCAAAGCCCAAAUCACCGGCCAAGACCCCAGAGUCAAAGUCCCCAGAGUCAAAGUCCCCAGCAGGAGACGAGUCAAAGUCACUUGUGUCAAAGUCCCCAGAGUCAAAUAAAUCCCCUGAGUCUGAAUCUCCUCGUCCCAAGACCCCUGAACCAAAGUCACCGGAGAAAGAGAAGGCGGAGCCUGCCGCUGCUCAAGACACACCUAAAGAGGAGAAACCACAGGCUGUCAAAGAGGAGAAGAAGGAGAAGGAACAACCUGUGAAGGAAGAGAAGAAAGAGUCCAAGGAGAAAGAGCCAGAGAAGGCAGACAAAGCUGAAACAAAGAAAGAGAGCAAGGAAGAAGAAGUGCCAAAGAUGGAUGACGCUUCAAAACCAGCGGCUCCCAGCAAGCCCUCCGAGGACAAACCGGCCCCCAAGCCGGAGCCCAAAGAGAGCGCCCCCCCGGCCAAGGAGGAGAAACCCUCUGCUCCGAAAGCAGAGAAGGCCGAGCCGGAGCCGAAGCCGGCCGCUAAGGCCGAGCCCGGGAACACAGAGGACAAGAAGGAGGACCAGAAGCCAGAGGAGAAGGCUGCACCCAAAAGUGAACCCGAGAAAAGCGAGAGCAAGAAAGACGAGAAGAAGCCAGAGGCAACCAAGGAGGUAAAAGAGGAAGGGAAGGCAGAGAAAUCUUCUGGCACAGAGUCAAAGGAGAGCAAGGAGGAGAAGGCCAAGAAGUGAGGCUGCUGAGGCAUGAGGAGGUGGAGAUGCCAAAGAACUAUGGAGGAGGAGGAGGAGGAGGAGGAGCAGGAACAAGGGAUGGAUAGAGCCGGCUGCUGAGGCGGCGCUUUAAUGUCCAAAGCAAAGCAGGCGACGGUAUGUGAGCAAUAGUGAUUUCUGUGGCA